AUGUCUUCAAGUACAUUUGUAUUGAUAUCUGGUGGUUGGCAUCCAUCAGCUUGUUGGGAACGUGUUAUUCCAUUACUCGAAGCACAAGGACAUUAUGUUAUUGCUCCCGAACUUUUGGGUGUUGGAACUGAUCAAACAUCACUUAGUCAAAUCAAAUUAAAAACAUGGGUCGAUCAAAUUGUUGAUCUUAUUCAAGUUCAAUCGAAACCAGUUGUUUUAGUUGGUCAUAGUCGUGCAGGAAUUCUUCUUAGUGAAGCUGCACAACGUAUACCCGAUAAAAUUCAACUACUCGUUUAUUUAUCUGCAUAUUUAUUAACAUCUGGUCAGACAAUCUCAGAUACAACAAAGAAUAAAAAACAAACUGUAGCCACGACCAUUCAUCUAAAUGGAACAAUAAGUCUCAAACCCGAUUCGAUAAUUCCCAUAUUUUAUAAUACAACAUCUGCUGAAUGGGCUCAACGGGCAUUGACUUUGUUAUCUUCAGCAGAACCAGUUGUUGUUUACAGAACACCAGUAGAAAUUACCGAUGAUCGUUUUGGACGUGUUCCACGUGCUUAUAUUGAAUGUCUUCAAGAUAAAGCCAUUCCAUUGGAUCAACAACGUGAAAUGCAAAAGCAAUUACCUUGCAAAUAUGUUCUCACCUUGGAUACGGAUCAUUCACCUUUCUUUUCUGCACCAUCUCAACUCGUCACAAGUUUAAUUGAUCUCGCCAAUCGACAAUGA